CACCAUAAAACAGGAUUUUAACGAUAAAGUGAACAUCAUCGAGGAAAAAGAUUCGCCAGUUGAUAGUACGUUGACCUCCGUCAUACGUGACUUUGUCCAAAGAGUUGCACAAUCAGCUCUACCAAUUCAUCAUUUGUUCGUGAAAUUAUUUUAAAUCACAGUAGCCGUGAUAAUUGAUCGUUCACAUCUACGUCGAUUCAGUGUCCCAUUCGUGAAAAGUGAUUUUAAUAAACGAUUGAUCCUUCGAGACCUUGUCCGACGAUUCGAGUCGGUGAUCCAUAUUCCAGCAACCUCAUUAAUAUCUUCAUACUUGUAUAACACGUUAUAGCAAGAUGUUAAUUGAUCGCUAGUGUUUAUUAAUCGAGAAAUAAAUAGUCUAGCCAACUGAAGGAAGCAUGUAAAUAUUUGCAAUUCCAAUAGAAACAUAUACAUAAUUCCAUUUCAUGUCAUAACACGGUAUUCAUCGCUGGAUCUACUAAAGGGUCCUCGAAGCAUCUCUGUUAUUGAUCACGUUCUUACGAAUAACUUCCACAUCCCAUAACUGGAACAGUUGAGACAGGUAGUUCAGUCAUUCCAGACUGAUGCAAUACCCCGACAAGUCGCCUGCAGAGAUACCUGAAUUCGUGAACACGUCACGAUUUCAUCACUCUCGUGAGUGCUGAUUGAUCGUAAAGCAAAUCGGAGAAAAGCACAACGCCACGCGUUAUCCCACUUCGACCAUCGCCUCAUCUAAUCCCAUAAACAUACGCGAUUCGACCCUGGUAGCACAGUAGCACCUCGCACUCCAUUCGGAGCAGUGUCAAACGCCGAACAAGGCAUGGCUUGAUAACUCUCUCUCGUGAGAACAAGUGUACUUUCGUUCACCUCUUUCUUCGACUUUAUUUUUCCUUUCUCUUUUCCUUUGGGACUGACAUCACCCGAGCGAAGAGAUAUUUAAGAGGCUUCCCUCGAAUUUUCGGCAGAUACGAAAUCUCUCGAUCGGGAGACUAACGCGUGUGAAAUCUCGGGGAAUCGUCAAGAUUAAAGGCUCAGUUUAUAGUUAAAGAGUUGUAAAAAUUCGACGGGAUGAAACUCCUGUUGUCGAUUCUUUUGGCGUUAUCGGUAUGUGGCUGGUGCGACGGCUUGCGAAUUCUUGGCUUAUUUCCGCUAAAUGGAAAGAGUCACUGGGUCAUGGCGGAACGACUGAUGGUGAGCUUGGCGGAACGGGGCCACGAAGUGGACGUCGUUACUCAUUUUCCUCUGAAGAAUCCGCCGCUGAAUUACAAUCAAAUCUCUCUGGAAGGGAGCUUGCCUUCGGUGGUAAACAAUUUAAACGCGAGCAACGUGACGAGCAUAAAAAGCAACGACCUGAAACUUCUGACGUAUAUGGCCGGUGACCAGAUCUGUCAACUAAUGGGCCAUCCGAAAUUGCAAAGCUUGAUAAAGAAUUCACCUAAGAAGCAGUACGAUGUCAUCGUACUCGAGCUGUUCAUGAUGCCAUGUUACCUGGCGUUCAGUCGUCACCUAAAAGCACCCAUAGUCGGAGUAAUGACAUCCGGUUUCCACGACUGGCUGAGCAGUGUGACAGGAAAUCCGCAUAAUCCCUCCUACAUGCCUUGUCUUUUCGCGCCGUUCAGCCAGCGUAUGACUUUCUGGGAGAGGCUACAGAAUACCUUGCUAACGAACAUGAUAACAUGGAAGAUGAAGUACUACCUCAGCUACCAGGACGCUUACGUGAAGAAAUACUUGGGCAUGGACGUCGUGAUCGACGAUCUGUAUCAGGAUAUCGGAGCCAUUUUGGUGAACACGCAUCAUAGUAUUGGCGGGAUCAAUCCGACGACUUCUGCUGUCAUCGAGGUCGGUGGCUUACACGUCAACGAGAAUUCGUCACCCUUGUCACCGGAAGUGAAGAAGUGGCUAGACGAGAGUACUCACGGAUGCAUUUUCUUCACGUUCGGAUCGAUGGUGAAGAUCGAGACGUUCCCUAAACCAUUCCUAGAAAGCCUCUACAAAGCUUUCGAAAGGAUUGCGCCUGUUCGAGUGCUAAUGAAGGUCGUUAAAAAGGAGGAUCUGCUUCCUGGAUUGCCGAAGAACGUCAUGAUACAACCCUGGUACUCUCAAGUGUCUGUUUUCAAGCACAAAAAUGUUAAAGCGUUCAUCACGCAUGGGGGUCUCAUGGGCUCGCUAGAAGCGAUCCAUUUUGGAAUCCCCAUGAUCGGAAUUCCCCUAUUCGGCGAUCAACACACGAAUCUUAAAAGAGCAGCUAAUAUGAAGAUUGCAGUGAAUCUUGAGUCCAUUGAUAAUGUCAACGAGGAGAACUUGUACAAUGCAAUUGACGCGAUCUUGCACGACGAAACGUACAGGUCGAAUAUUAAGAAAGUAUCACAGCUAUUCAAGGACAGACCCAUGAGCGCUAUAGACACUGCCAUCUACUGGAUAGAAUACGUGGCCAGAAAUGGGUACUUCUUGCGGUCGCCAGUCAUCGACCUCACCUGGUGGCAACGGAAUCUCUUGGACGUUUAUGGGUUCUUACUCGCCUGCUUGCUGCUAAUUCUAGGCGUCUCCGUUUUCCUGGUCUGCAAGCUGAAGAACUAUCUCCUCGGGUGCAAAUCGUGCACCAAGAAGGGAAAUCAACCCCACGAGUCGAAGAAGAAGAAGUGAGCGUAUUUUAACAUUUUAGUAUUAAAGUACGUGUCUACGAGUGCACUGAGUGUUAUAUAAGUGUGAAUCAUUUUAAGUAUAAUUUAUAACGUGACAAUUUAGCAAAUUCUACGAAGCUGCCACAUUUAUCUCGAUCCUUUUACCUCCUGAGACAGAUGUACAA